AUGGGAUCCACCUCGACUCCAGGUGCACGUUUCAGACAAAGGAAGAUUUCAGUAAAACAAACACUACUUGUUCUGAAGCAAAAGGAUAUUCCUGAUUUUGAUAUUGAAGAUCAACAACGUGAACUGCAACAUUUCGAAACAGGUGUUGAGAAAGGCGAAGAAGAAGAACAUCAUUUACAACAAGUUAUCAAUGCUUCUGCUGCCAAAUUCAAAGGUGCAAAUGUCGAACAAGUUUAUAUUCCCACUCCAGAUGCUUCGAAAGUAUGGAAGGAUGCGUCCCAUUAUUACCACCAGUCUUUCAAUGAACCUGAUUCUUAUAUCAAGUUCUCUGCAACGGUGGAGGAUACAACUGGAUGCCCUUAUAAUAUGGACGAAGUUGAUGAUGAGUUUUUACAGGAGUUGAAUGAAAAAUUCCCUAAAGAAGAACCAUGCACAGAGGAUGAAUUUGAGCUAAUAGCAAAUAAACUUGAUAUGACAGUUGAUGAGCGACAACCCUUUUUAACGAUGGAUCCUCAACAAAUUUUGAGCUUCAAAGAAAUUAAAGAAUAUGCUUUCGACCCUAAAUCCCUGUCCUCGGAUCUACAUCAAACAUUGGCCAAUAAGUUGCAUGUCAAGACUUUCAAGACAUUGUACGACGCGGAACCUUCAAGUGGUAAAGAACCUAGACCAUUACCCGUGUUGUUCGAUUUAUUUGGCGAACAGAUAUAUGAUCAUUGGAAAAACAGACGAAUUGAAAGAGGAGGUAAGCCGGUCUUCCCAACUUUGAAAUUUGAAGAUCCUUCACAGAAAGAUGAUAAUAACCCGUACACUUGUUUUAGAAGAAGAGAAUUCCGUCAAGCAAGAAAGACAAGGCGAACAGAUGUACAAAGCAUAGAAAGACUGAAGCUUUUGUAUAAAGAUUUACGGAGAGCAAAAAGUUUAUUCUUCUCGGUUGCCGAAAAAGAAGUGAAAAAGUCGGAAUUGUUGCAAGUCGAGUCAGAAACUUUCAGUCUGCGAAAUGAGCUCAAGAAGAUCAAAAGGGAUGAAAAUAUCAAACUUGAUGAUGACUUAUUAAUAGACAAACCGAAGAAAAAACGUAUACCUUUGGGAUACGUACCUCCACCCCCUACUCCGGUCAAAUCGGAGACAGAUAACAUCAAAGAUAAAAUUAAAAAUAAAGAUGGCUCGUCUGGAAGAGGAAGUCUUAAGAAACAGCUCAAAGCCGAUGGCGCUACAAACAAAAGGAAUUCCACUAAAAACCUCAAUGGUGUCAACGGAAAUAAUUUCAGCAAUAAUAGCAACAGCAAUGGCCAUGGCCAUCCAUUGAACCAAUCAACUAAAACCCCCCAAGUUGUCAUUCAACCUUAUGUCAAACUACCUCCUUCUAAAAUUCCAGAUAUUGAGCUGACUACCGUCAACACUGUUUUGAAAGAUAAGUUAGAAGGUAUCAAGAAGGCAGUUUCUGACAAAUUGAUAAAGAGAAGACUACAAGAUGAAGGCUGGAUUAAUUUUACUGAUGAUCCAUAUAAUCCUUAUUUCGAUAUGUCAAAUAGUGGAGAAGAUGAAAUUGAGCAAAGAUCUCAUUUACCUUAUAGUUCUAUCAUUUCUUCGAUGUUUGAAGUUGAGAAUUCGAGAGAGAUUAACUUUAGUCAUAUUUUUAACAACAAUCGACAUUAUAGCAAUAACGAUUCUGAAAUUGUCAAAGUCAAUCUAUUCACCGGUCAAGUUGUCAAGAAUGAUCGACAUAGCUAUUUACCAGAAUUUUAUGAUCUUGUAGGAGAAAACCCAACUAGUAAUGAAUUUGGCGAAACCAGAGAGGAGAUUGAAAAGCAAUUUAAUGACAAGAAUAGAUUUAACGUUUCUGAAGUAUUAUUCAAGAUUCGAAAACGUCCAGGAAGAGGUGGAAGAAUAUGGAUGGAUAGGAAACGUAUUACAGAUGAUGAUUUAUUCGAAGAAUAUCUAAAUAUGCCAGAGGACGAGGAUGAAGAAAAUGAAGAACUGGAGGAAAAGCUUUUUGAUGAUAAUGAAAAAAUGGAUGUUGAUAAGGAGGAUGAUGCUGCAGAGGAGAAGCUGGAGUCAAUCAAAGAGCCACCGAGAGGGACGAAAAGGAUUUCCGCAUAUGAUUGUGGUGCUGAUUCGAGAAAAAGAUUAAAGUCACGGUUUAUGUUUGAUGCUGAUCUUCCAAAGAUGAACCCACUUGAUCCCUCAAAGCUGAACCAAAUUGGAAAACAAACCCAGGCUAUCAGGUUUGGCUGUAUGUUAUUGAGCAAAGCUUAUGAUAAUAUGCACCAAAUCAGGCAGAAGCAAAUCAUACAUCACCAGCAAAAGUUACAACAGCAACAACAACAGAGAGAACAGUUCCAGCGUGAACAG